AUGAAAAACGUGGAAAAUUUAAUUUCCACGUCAACUGCGACUUCUUUACAAGCAACGGAAGUGGUAGAUAACAUUCACAGCGGUGGUGAGAUAAUCGAUGGAAUAGCCCCGCAAAUCAUUUCUAAUUCUCUUAUUGAAAAUUAUCUCAAUAAUAAUUUAUCAUCACCAAGAUCACCAACUCCACCUGUAACCGCUCCAACUUUUAAAAAUGACAUAAUCGCAACUUUAGUACUUAAAGAUGGUAGCUGUUUUCAAGGAUUUUCAUUUGGAGCAGAAAUAGAGAGCGUCUCGGGAGAAUGCGUCUUUCAAACUGGAAUGAUAGGAUAUCCAGAAUCCUUAACAGAUCCAUCGUAUAGAGGACAAAUAUUGGUUUUAACGUUUCCGUUAAUUGGAAAUUAUGGUGUGCCGUCACGAGAUGUUGUGGAUGAUUUUUCUCUAAAAAAAUAUUUUGAAUCAGAUGACAUUCAUAUAAUUGGUUUAAUUAUUGGACAAUAUUCUCAAGAAUUUUCUCAUUAUUUGGCUAAAUCUUCUUUAUCUGAUUGGCUUAAAGAAAAUAACAUUCCUGCUUUAUACGGAAUCGAUACUCGUGCUCUUACCAAAAAAAUUCGUACUAAGGGUGUUCUGUUGGGUAAAAUCCUCUUUACAAAAAAUGUUGUGGGUGAUGUGAUAAUUUCGUCUCCUUUGAAUGAAGUUGAUAAGCAACCUUGGAUGAUCGAUUAUCAAGAUGUUCCUUGGGUUGAUCCAAAUGAUAGAAAUCUCGUUGCUGAAGUUUCAAUUAAAAAACCGAAAUUAUACACACCAGAUCCGGCAAGAGCUCUUAAAGGAGUCAACGGAAAAACAUUACGUAUUUUAGUAGUGGAUGUUGGCAUGAAAUUUAAUCAAAUUCGAUGUUUGGCAAAUCGUGGUGUAGAAAUAAAGGUUGUUCCCUGGGAUUAUGAUUUCAAUAGAGACAAUGAUUAUGAUGGAUUGUUCAUCAGUAACGGUCCCGGCGAUCCGACUAUGGUCAUUGCGACUAUUGACCAUCUUAAAAUAGCAUUGCAAGAAGUUAAAACUCCAAUUUUCGGAAUCUGUAUGGGGCAUCAAUUGUUAAGCUUAGCAUCCGGCGCUCAAACGAUAAAGAUGAAAUAUGGGAAUCGCGGUCACAAUAUUCCAUGUACAAAUAUGAUUUCAGGUCGUUGUUAUAUAACCUCACAAAAUCAUGGAUAUGCAGUUGAUACAAAUACACUUUCAAAAGAUUAUAUGGAACUAUUCGUUAAUGCAAAUGAUGGAUCUAAUGAAGGGAUCAUGCAUAAAACGCUCCCAAUUUUUUCUGUCCAAUUUCAUCCUGAAUCAACUCCAGGACCAAGAGAUACAGAAUUUUUAUUUGAUGUUUUUAUUGAGAGUGUUAGAGAAUCUAAUUUAUCUGGAAAAUUAGUACCCAUUAAAAUUCCUGGUGGUAAUAAAGAGGAAAAUUCAAUGAAGCAUCCUCGCGUUAAUGUUAGGAAAGUUUUGGUUUUGGGUAGCGGUGGAUUAAGUAUUGGUCAAGCUGGUGAAUUCGACUAUUCUGGAAGUCAGGCCAUUAAAGCUUUGAAAGAAGAGGGUAUAUACACAAUAUUAAUUAAUCCAAAUAUUGCUACUAUACAAACGUCACGUUCAUUGGCCGACAAGGUAUAUUUCUUGCCAGUUAAUCCAGAUUUUGUUCGUAAAGUUAUAAGACACGAAAAACCCGAUGGAAUUUACGUGACAUUUGGAGGACAAACAGCAUUAAGUGUUGGAAUAAAACUUAAAGAUGAAUUUGAUCGAUUAGGUAUAAAAGUAUUGGGUACUCCGAUAGAAACUAUUAUAAUGACAGAAGAUAGAGAAUUAUUUGCACAAAAAAUGUUACAAAUUCAUGAAAAGUGUGCAAAAUCUGCAUCAGCUGCAAAUAUACAAGAAUCAUUAGAAGCAGCAAAAAAGAUUGGUUAUCCAGUAAUUUGUAGAGCUGCUUAUGCACUUGGAGGUUUAGGUAGUGGAUUCGCUGAAAAUGAAGCACAAUUACAGGAAAUUUGCUCAAAAGCUUUUGCUAUAAGUUCUCAAGUUUUAAUUGAAAAAAGUAUGAAAGGAUGGAAAGAAAUUGAAUACGAGGUUGUAAGAGAUUGUCGGGAUAAUUGUAUCACUGUUUGUAAUAUGGAGAACUUUGAUCCUCUUGGAAUUCAUACAGGCGAUUCUAUUGUGGUGGCCCCCUCUCAAACUCUUUCGGACGAAGAUUACAAUAUGCUUCGUUCAACAGCCGUAAACGUGAUAAGACAUCUUGGUGUAAUAGGAGAAUGUAAUAUUCAAUAUGCAUUAAAUCCUUUCUCAAAGGAGUAUUGUAUUAUUGAAGUAAAUGCCCGGUUGUCAAGAUCUUCUGCCCUGGCAUCUAAGGCUACAGGAUAUCCAUUAGCUUUUGUAGCAGCAAAAUUAGGAUUGGGUAUUCCAUUAAAUGAAAUUAGUAAUUCAGUAACAAAAGUUACUUGUGCUUGCUUUGAACCGAGUUUAGAUUAUGUUGUAGUUAAAAUUCCAAGAUGGGAUUUAAAGAAAUUUUCUCGUGUAAACAAAGCUUUAAGUUCUUCAAUGAAAUCUGUUGGUGAGGUUAUGAGCAUUGGGAGAACUUUUGAAGAAACUAUACAAAAAGCUAUUAGGGCUAUUGAUUUUGGUUUCAUGGGAUUUGAUCAAAAUGAUUUAGUAGAUUCAAUUGAUGAAGAACUUGUAAAUCCUUCAGACUUAAGAUUAUUUGCAAUUGCGAAUGCUUUACAUCAAGGAUAUACCGUUGAUCAAAUUUGGGAGUAUACAAAGAUUGAUAAAUGGUUUCUGCAUAAAUUAAAAAAUAUUGUAGAAUUAGACAGAAAAUUAAAAAAAUUUCAUCCUAAUAAUAUUACAAAAGACAUUAUUCUUAAUGCUAAACAAUUGGGGUUUUCUGAUCGUCAAAUUGCAAAAGCCAUUGGGAGCAAUGAAUUGGCUAUUAGAAGAAUUAGGCAAGAAUCUGGAAUUGUUCCUUUUGUUAAACAAAUUGAUACAGUUGCUGCUGAAUUUCCUGCUCAUACAAAUUAUCUUUAUGUAACUUAUAAUGCUGUAGAGCAUGAUAUCAACUUUGAAGAGAGGGGUGUAACGGUACUUGGUUCUGGAGUUUAUAGAAUUGGAAGUUCAGUGGAAUUUGAUUGGUGCGCAGUUCGCGCAAUUCGUACAUUGCGUGAACACAACAUAAAAACUAUUAUGAUUAACUAUAACCCGGAAACUGUCAGUACAGAUUACGAUGAAGCCGAUAGACUUUAUUUUGAAAAUAUCACAUUAGAACGCGUUUUAGAUAUUUAUGAAACAGAAAGUUCUUGUGGUGUAAUUAUUUCUAUGGGAGGACAAAUUCCAAAUAAUAUUGCCUUACCUCUUCAAAGACAACUUGUAAAGAUCUUAGGUACUUCACCUGAAAUGAUUGACAUUGCAGAGAAUAGAUAUAAAUUCUCGCGUAUGUUGGAUCAAAUAGGAGUUGAUCAACCGGAAUGGAAAGAAUUGACAAGUCUCGAAGAGGCUCAAGAGUUUUGUAAAAAGGCGCAGUUUCCCGUACUUGUACGACCUUCUUAUGUAUUAUCCGGAGCUGCCAUGAACGUAGUUUAUUCUUUAGAUGAUCUUUCAAAUUAUCUUAGUCAAGCAGUAGCAGUUUCACGUGAUCAUCCGGUUGUCAUUUCGAAAUAUAUUGAGGAAGCAAAAGAAAUUGAAAUGGAUGCUGUAGCACUUGAUGGUAAAGUGUUGAUGCAUGUUAUAUCGGAACAUGUUGAAAAUGCCGGUGUACAUUCAGGUGAUGCAACACUUGUUUUACCACCACAAGAUCUUGAUCCUGAAACAGUACGUAAAAUCGAAUUAGCAACACAACAAAUUGGAGAUGCUCUAAAUGUUACAGGACCUUUUAAUAUACAAUUUAUUGCUAAAAAUAAUGAUAUUAAAGUGAUUGAAUGUAAUGUAAGAGCUUCUAGAUCAUUUCCUUUUGUUAGUAAAGUUAUGGGAGUUGAUUUAAUUGAAAUGGCUACAUUGGGUAUGAUGGGAUUGCCUAUUGAACCUUACCGAACCAUAAAUUUGCCAAAAAAUUAUGUUGCUGUUAAGGUUCCACAAUUUAGUUUUAGUAGAUUAUCGGGAGCUGAUCCUGUUCUUGGUGUAGAAAUGGCCUCAACCGGUGAAGUCGCUUGUUUUGGUAGAGAUAAAUAUGAAGCAUAUAUUAAAGCUUUAAUUUCUACUGGAUUUACAAUUCCAAAAAAAAAUAUUCUACUUUCUAUUGGAUCAUUUAAAGAAAAGAAUGAAAUGUUACAAUCAAUACAAAAACUUCAUCAGUUGGGAUAUAAUUUAUUUGCCACCUCUGGUACAGCUGAUUUUAUUCAAGAACAUGGAUUGACCGUAAAGUAUUUGGAAACUUUGGAUGCUUCUGAAGAUGAUAUGAAAUCGGAAUAUUCUUUACAACAACAUUUAGCUAAUAAUUUGAUUGAUUUAUAUAUUAAUUUACCAUCCAAGAAUAAAUAUCGACGUCCAGCAAGUUAUAUGAGUAAAGGAUAUAAAUCGCGUAGAAUGGCAGUGGAUUAUGAUAUUCCUUUAAUCACCAAUGUUAAAUGCGCAAAAUUAUUUGUUGAGGCUCUUUCACGUAAAAUUGAUCUUGAGAUAUUAAAUAUUGACUAUAAAACUAGUCAUAAAAGAGUUACACUACCUGGGCUCAUUAAUAUUUCUGCUUUCGUUCCUCAUGUUGCUGAGCGAGAUAGUGAAGAUUUCGCUCAAGUAACCAAGGCAUCAUUAGCAACUGGUUUUACCACGAUCAACAUUUUACCAAUAGGAUUGACAGAUUCUUUGCAAGAUGCACGUACUAUUGCUAUUGCACGUAGUAAUGGUAAAAAUAAUGCACAUUGUGAUUAUUCUUUAUCAGUAGUUGUGACUGAGAAUAAUUCAUUGCAAUUGACAAAAGUUGUGCAGGAACCUGAUUCAUCAUUUAUUCCAUUUAUUCCAUUUACAAAACUUCAAGGAAUGACUAUACCAAAGAUGGCUACUAUAUCCAAACAUUUUAGUACUUGGCCUUUACUUUCACCUAUUGUGACUGAUGCUAAAGGAACAGAUUUGGCGACUGUGUUAUUAUUGGCUAAUUUUUAUAAUCGUGCUAUACAUGUAACAAGUGUUAGCACCAAAGAAGAUAUUGUAUUAAUUGCUUUAAGCAAAGAAAAGGGAUUAAAAGUAACUUGUGACGUUGCUGUAUAUGCAUUAUUUUUGAAUACAAAAGUAAUUCCAAAUAGUGAACAUUUACUUCCAACUGCUGCAGAUCAAUCUGCCUUAUGGGAACAUUUAGAGGAUAUUGAUUGUUUCACUGUUGGCACGCUACCCUAUAGACUUGCUCAAACGCUUGGUAAGAAUAAUACAGCAAGUAUAGGAAUAGAAGAUACAAUACCGCUACUCACAAAUGCUAUUAAUGAAGGAUUAUUAUCAUUGGAGGAUAUUCAAAAACGUCUUUAUACGAAUCCACAGAACAUAUUUGAUAUCCCAAAACAACCUGAUACUUAUGUUGAAGUCGAAAUUGAUCGUAAAAUUUUAAUUACACAAAGAGAAGAAAGUUGGUCACCAUUUGUUGGUAAAACCCUCGUUGGUGCAGUAAGUCGUGUAGUAUUAAGAGGAGAGACCGUAUAUCUUGAUGGUGGAUUAUUCUCUUCUGGUAAUAAUGGCAAUGUUAUUUUCCUUAAAACACCUGCUGUUAAAGAGCCUUUAUCUGUUAAAGAAUCAACAUCUCAAGUACAACAACAAGUAGUUCCCCCACAAACCUCCCAAUUUGUUGCUAGUAAUCUAGCCGAUGUUAUGUCACCUCCUAUGGGACCUAAAGAGAUUAGAUCAAAUUCAAUAGCGUUGGAAUUUUCUUCCUUUGAACUCCCUCAUAUUAAUUUACCUACAAAUCUGGUAUCUAUGAUUAGCCAUUCAUCAUUCUUCCGUAAAAAUAUCCUUACAGUCAAGGAUUUUACAAGAAAUGAUCUUCAUUUAUUGUUUGCUGUUGCAUAUGAAAUGCGUACGUUGGUAGAACGUUAUGGUUCAAUUAAUCUAUUACAAGGACGUGUAAUGUUUACCUUGUUUUACGAACCAUCAACAAGGACUUCCGCUUCUUUUGAAGCUGCUAUAAAUAGAUUGGGAGGACGCGUGGUUUCAGUUAAAACGGAUGUAUCUUCAGUAACGAAAGGAGAAACAUUGGGUGACACCGUAAGAACCGUAGGUGCUUAUGGUGACAUUAUAGUGUUAAGGCAUCCAGAGCCGGGUAGUUCAAAGAUCGCAGCAAAAUAUUCCCCUGUUCCAAUUAUAAAUGCCGGUGAUGGUAUUGGAGAACACCCUACUCAGGCAUUCCUUGAUGUAUAUACAAUUCGAGAAGAAUUGGGUACCGUUAAUGGAUUAACAGUGACUUUAGUAGGGGAUUUAAAGAAUGGAAGAACGGUUCAUAGUUUAGUUAGGGUAUUAUCACAUUAUCACGUAAAAUUAAACUACGUUAGUCCAAACUCAUUACGUAUGCCGGAUGAAAUUAAAAAUGAAAUUCGUAAAAUUGGUAUAGAUCAAAGAGAAUGUACUGAUUUACAUGAAGUUAUAUCUAGUACGGAUGUAUUAUACGUAACUAGAAUGCAACGUGAGCGUUUCUCGGACUUAUCCGAAUAUGAGAUGGUUAAAGAUUAUUAUAUAAUUAAUAAUGCUACUUUAAGUAAUGCCAAGCCAAAUGUGAUUGUCAUGCAUCCUUUACCUAGAAUGAAUGAAAUUGAUCCUGAAGUGGAUUUUGAUGAUAGAGCUGCUUACUUUAGGCAAAUGAAAUAUGGAAUGUUUGUAAGAAUGGCUUUAUUGGCUUUGGUAUUGGGAAAAUCAUCAUAA